UGAAGGGUACCAAGGAGGGACCAAUAGGCGUUGGCCUAGAGCCCGGCGGCUGGAUGCGAGGCGGAGAAGGAGCCGGCAGGGUCGGGUGCGCCGCUUCCUCCUCCUCGUCUUUGCCGCCCGUGUUCGUGCCUCAAGCGCAGGAGGGGAGCCAUGUCUGGAAGCGCCGCCAUUCCCAACGGGGGCAGCGCCUCACGGCACCCCGGCAACAAAGUGACGGUGGUCCUGGGCGCCCAGUGGGGCGACGAGGGCAAAGGCAAAGUGGUGGAUCUGCUGGCCCAGGACGCUGACGUCGUUUGCAGGUGCCAGGGAGGUAACAAUGCUGGACAUACUGUUGUAGUGGAUUCUGUUGAAUAUGACUUCCAUCUUUUACCAAGUGGAAUCAUCAAUCCAAAUGUUGUGGCAUUUAUUGGGAAUGGUGUGGUAAUUCACUUGCCAGGAUUAUUUGAAGAAGCAGAGAAGAACGUUAAAAAAGGAAAAGGAUUAGAAGGAUGGGAAAAAAGAUUAAUUAUAUCCGAUAGAGCGCAUAUUGUAUUUGACUUCCACCAAGCUGCUGAUGGUAUCCAGGAACAGCAAAGGCAAGAGCAAGCAGGAAAGAACUUGGGAACUACAAAAAAGGGAAUUGGUCCAGUGUAUUCUUCUAAAGCAGCUCGAAGUGGGCUCAGAAUGUGUGAUCUAGUUUCUGACUUCAAUGAAUUUUCAGAAAGAUUUAAAGUACUGGCCAACCAGUACAAGUCUGUUUACCCUGCCUUAGAAAUAGACAUUGAAGGGGAGUUGAAAAGACUCAAGGGUUACAUUGAAAGAAUCAAACCAAUGGUGAGGGAUGGUGUAUAUUUUAUGUACGAAGCUUUGCAUGGCCCACCAAAGAAAAUUUUAGUAGAGGGCGCAAAUGCAGCACUGCUGGACAUAGAUUUUGGGACUUAUCCUUUUGUGACGUCAUCCAAUUGCACUGUGGGAGGUGUAUGCACUGGUCUGGGAAUGCCACCUCAGAAUGUGGGUGAAGUAUAUGGAGUUGUGAAAGCAUACACAACUAGAGUUGGAAUUGGUGCCUUUCCUACAGAACAAAAUAAUGAAAUUGGGGAAUUGCUACAGACACGAGGAAAAGAGGUUGGUGUAACCACCGGUCGAAAGAGAAGAUGUGGCUGGCUAGAUCUUGUAUUGCUUCGAUAUGCCCAUAUGAUCAAUGGUUUCACAGCAUUGGCUCUUACCAAAUUGGAUAUUUUAGAUGUAUUUCCAGAAAUUAAAGUUGGUGUUGCUUACAAGCUAUAUGAGAAAAUCAUACCUCAUUUUCCAGCAAACCAAGAAGUCUUAAAUAAAGUGGCAGUUCAGUAUGAAACAUUCCCAGGUUGGAAAACAGACAUAUCAAAUGCAAGGACGUUUGAUGAAUUGCCAGUAAAUGCUCAAAACUAUGUUCGAUUUAUAGAAAUGGAGCUAGGUGUUCCAGUUAAAUGGAUUGGAGUGGGAAAAUCCAGGGAGUCGAUGAUCCAGCUCUUCUAAAAGUGCUGAAUAAAUGGAAGAAAAGAAAGCACACUCCUCAGACUGCUCAUUAUUAUAUCUAUUGUUCUUAGCUCAAUAAGUAAUGAUUUUUGGAAAGUUGGACCUGGUAUGGGAAAGAGCUAGAGAUUGUCUGAAAAAGCUAUUCUUCCUGUUAUAAAGACUUUCAGUAUCAUUUUCUCGUACAACCUCACGAAUUCCAGGGCAUUUAUCACUAUUUCCACCAUUUGUCAUGGUGCCACCAGAUUUUUUUCACAAUAUGUCUGAAUACCUUCUCAAAAUCUGAGAUUGUAUUACAUGACUAUUUGUCUUUAUUGUCUCUGUUUUGCGUGGUGUUACUUCCUGAUUUUUUACAUGCUUAUAAUAAUUAAUGCAGUUUUGCACAGAGUUUUACAUCCUCAUUUAUACUCCUAAAGCUGUUGUUCCCUGUAUGGCUGCUGAUGUAGUGUGUAAUUAAAGAGAAGGAUGAUUUUAUAUUGGUGAAAAAACA